AUGCAUGCAUUGUCAGCUGACAAGACAGCGGACAAGAUAGCUGACAAGACAGCAGACAAGACAGCAGACAAGACAGCAGACAAGACAGCAGACAAGAUAGCUGACAAGACAGCAGACAAGAUAGCUGACAAGACAGCAGACAAGAUAGCUGACAAGACAGCAGACAAGACAGCAGACAAGACAGCAGACAAGAUAGCUGACAAGACAGCAGACAAGAUAGCUGACAAGACAGCGGACAAGAUAGCUGACAAGACAGCAGACAAGAUAGCUGACAAGACAGCAGACAAGAUAGCUGACAAGACAGCAGACAAGACAGCAGACAAGACAGCAGACAAGACAGCAGACAAGAUAGCUGACAAGACAGCAGACAAGACAGUAGACAAGAUAGCUGACAAGACAGCAGACAGGACAGCAGACAAGACAGCAGACAAGACAGCAGACAAGACAGCAGACAAGACAGCAGACAAGACGACAGCAGGCAAGACAAUAGACAAGGCAGCGGACAAGACAGCAGACAAGACAGCAGACAAGACAGCUGACAAGGCAGCGGACAGGACAGCAGACAAGACGGUAGAUUUGACAGCUGACAAGACAGCAGACAAGACAGCGGACAAGACAGCGGACAAGACAGCAGACAAGACAGCAGACAAGAUAGCUGACAAGACACCAGACAAGACAGCAGACAAUACAGCAGACAGGAUAGCUGACAAGACAGCAGGCAAGACAGCGGAUAAGACAGCAGACAAGACAGUAGACAAGAUAGCUGACAAGACAGCAGACAAGACAGCAGACAAGACAGCAGACAAGACAGCAGACAAGACAGCAGACAAGAUAGCUGACAAGACAGCAGACAAGAUAGCUGACAAGACAGCAGACAAGACAGCAGACAAGACAGCAGACAGGACAGCAGACAAGAUAGCUGACAAGACAGCAGACAAGAUAGCUGACAAGACAGCGGACAAGAUAGCUGACAAGACAGCAGACAAGACAGCAGACAAGACAGCAGACAAGACAGCAGACAAGAUAGCUGACAAGACAGCAGACAAGAUAGCUGACAAGACAGCAGACAGGACAGCAGACAAGACAGCGGACAAGACAGCAAACAAGACAACAGACAAGACAGCAGACAGGACAGCAGACAAGACAGCGGACAAGACAGCAGACAAGACAGCAGACAAGACAGCAGACAAGACAACAGACAAGACAACAGACAAGACAGCGGACAGGACAGCAGACAGGACAGCAGGCAAGACAGCAGACAAGACAGCGGACAAGACAGCAGACAAGACAGCAGACAAGACAACAGAUAAGACAGCAGACAAGACAGCGGACAAGACAGCAAACAAGACAACAGACAAGACAGCAGACAGGACAGCAGGCAAGACAGCAAACAAGACAGCGGACAAGACAGCAGACAAGACAGCAGACAAGACAGCAGACAAGACAGCGGACAAGACAACAGACAAGACAGCAGACAAGACAACAGACAAGACAACAGAUAAGACAGCAGACAAGACAGCGGACAAGACAGCAAACAAGACAACAGACAAGACAGCAGACAGGACAGCAGACAAGACAGCGGACAAGACAGCAAACAAGACAACAGACAAGACAGCGGACAAGACAGCAAACAAGACAGCAGGCAAGAUAGCGGACAAGACAGCGGACAAGACAGCGGACAAGACAACAGACAAGACAGCAGACAAGACAACAGACAAGACAACAGAUAAGACAGCAGACAAGACAGCGGACAAGACAACAGACAAGACAGCAGACAAGACAACAGAUAAGACAGCAGACAAGACAGCGGACAAGACAGCAAACAAGACAACAGACAAGACAGCAGACAGGACAGCGGACAAGACAGCAAACAAGACAACAGACAAGACAGCAGACAGGACAGCAGACAAGACAGCGGACAAGACAACAGACAAGACAGCGGACAAGACAGCAAACAAGACAGCAGGCAAGAUAGCAAACAAGACAGCGGACAAGACAGCGGACAAGACAGCGGACAAGACAACAGACAAGACAGCAGACAAGACAACAGACAAGACAACAGAUAAGACAGCAGACAAGACAGCGGACAAGACAACAGACAAGACAGCAGACAAGACAACAGACAAGACAACAGAUAAGACAGCAGACAAGACAGCGGACAAGACAGCAAACAAGACAACAGACAGGACAGCAGACAGGACAGCAGACAAGACAGCGGACAAGACAGCAAACAAGACAACAGACAAGACAGCGGACAAGACAGCAAACAAGACAGCAGACAAGACAGCGGACAAGACAACAGACAAGACAGCAGGCAAGACAGCAAACAAGACAGCGGACAAGACAGCAGGCAAGACCGCAGACAAGACAACAGAUAAGACAGCAGACAAGACAACAGACAAGACAGCAAACAAGACAACAAACAAGACAGCAGGCAAGACAGCAGGCAAGACAGCAAACAAGACAACAGACAAGACAGCGGACAAGACAGCAGACAAAACAACAGACAAGACAGCGGACAAGACAGCAAACAAGACAACAGACAAGGCAGCAGGCAAGACAGCAAACAAGACAACAGACAAGACAGCGGACAAGACAGCAGACAAGACAACAGACAAGACAGCGGACAAGACAGCAAACAAGACAACAGACAAGACAGCAGGCAAGACAGCAAACAAGACAGCGGACAAGACAGCGGACAAGACAACAGACAAGACAGCAGACAAGACAGCGGACAAGACAGCGGACAAGACAGCAAACAAGACAACAGACAAGACAGCGGACAAGACAACAGACAAGACAGCAGACAAGACACCAGACAAGACAGCAGACAAGACAACAGACAAGACAGCGGACAAGACAGCAGACAAGACAACAGACAAAACAGCAGGCAAGACAACAGACAAGACAGCAGACAAGACAGCAAACAAGACAACAGACAAGACAGCAGGCAAGACAGCAAACAAGACAGCGGACAAGACAACAGACAAGACAACAGACAAGACACCAGACAAGACAACAGACAAGACAACAGACAAGACAACAGACAAGACAACAGACAAGACAGCAAACAAGACAACAGACAAGACAGCAGGUAAGACAACAGACAAGACAGCAGGCAAGACAGCAAACAAGACAACAGACAAGACAACAGACAAGACAACAGACAAGACAGCAGACAAGACAGCAGGCAAGACAGCAGGUAAGACAACAGACAAGACAGCAGGCAAGACAGCAAACAAGACAGCGGACAAGACAGCGGACAAGACAACAGACAAGACAGCAGACAAGACAACAGACAAGACAGCGGACAAGACAGCAAACAAGACAACAGACAAGACAGCGGACAAGACAGCAGGCAAGACAACAGGCAAGACAACAGACAAGACAGCAGACAAGACAACAGACAAGACAGCGGACAAGACAGCAAACAAGACAACAGACAAGACAGCGGACAAGACAGCAGGCAAGACAGCAGGCAAGACAACAGACAAGACAGCUGUUGUACUAAGGAUCUGA